GUCAUCAUUGGGGUUUAGUCCAGCCGCGCAGACCAGCGCACAGACAGGCUGCAGCUGCGGACCGGCGGGCGGGCAGGAGGCGUGCAGGAGCCGCGGGCGUGGAGGCGCCGGGGUCCCGGGGCGCAGGGAGUGUCCCAAAAGCCAGUAAGGAGGACGAGGCAUCCCUUAAAACUCCUCCACAUCCUGCGGGCCAUGCUGACCUCAGCAUCCACUCUCCUCGCUCCCAGGAUGCUCUGGGUCCUCUUGUUCUUGGCCACCGUCAGGAGUGCUCAGAGUGGAAACUGGGACCACCCCAACUGCACCAGGGGUGUGGUUUCUGUGUUGCGGGGCAAGCCAGCCACGAUGACCUGCAGCAUCUCCAAUGCCUUCUCCCACAUCAACAUCUUCCUGCAAGCGAUCCCCUCGGCUCCCUGGAAGCUCAUCUUCAGAGUAAAGGCCCCAGGAAACUUCAGUCAGGAUGGAUGGCAGCUCUGGAUUCGAGAGGGUGAGGCGCAUCUGGUGAUUGAAAAAGCUCAGGACACCCAGGCAGGGCAGUACAAGUGGAAUCUGACGGGGCGCCAGAGAAAUGUCGAAAUCACCACUCUGAACGUCUCAGAGCCGCAAGACCUGCUCCUCACACCUUCCGCAGGUGAUGUCCCCCUCGAGGGUGCCCCCACGGGGGUCAGGGGCUCCUGCACAGGUGAACAAAGGAGGGAGGUCCCGCCCAUUUUCCGCAGGUUCGCAGAUGACCACAACCCCUUUCAUUGUUUAUCCUGAACACAAGAGCCAGAUCCAGGACACCCUAGAGGAUGGCAUGGGGGCUUCCUGCUCCUUCCAGGAGACCUAAGAUGUGUGGGUGGUGGAUGUUCCUGCAGGAUGCACUUGUGGGCAAAGAUGUCUGCGCGUGGCUCUCAUCCCUCCCAUCCUC